GUUUCUUCGGUAAAUUCACGUAGGUAUAAAAUAAAAUAAAAAAUAAAACACACGUUUCGAUUGCAACAAAAAAAAAUGCUUGUUGUGGUUUUCCCACCUGAUGAUGAUUGCUUGUGUUUCAAUCGAAACGUCGUGAUUUAUUUUUUAUUUUAUUUCUACCUACGUGACUUUACCGAAAGAACCAAAGAAUAUGGAUUCCUGCAGUCACGAAAGCUUCAAAUCUUGAAUGAUAGCAAUGAUAGCGAUAAUAACGAUAAAAAUAAGAACGAUAACAACGAUAACGACGAUAGCAACGAUAACGAUAGCAACGAUAGCGACAAUUACAAUAACGAUAAUAAUCAUAACGAUAAUAACUAUAACUAAGAUAAUAAUAACAACGAUAAGAACGAUAACAACGAUGAGAACGAUACUAACGAUCAUAACGACGAUAAUAACGACGAUAACUAUGACGACGAUAACAAUAACGAUAAUUAUAAUAAUGCUCAUCACGACGAUGACCGAGCGUCGCGUGUGCAGCAGCAAGGCGGCAGGCCGGAGACCCUUCGCCCUCGACCCCACGGGCGACCUCUACAACCGCUGGCAGGUCGUCUCCUGCGCCUUCACGCUCUUCAACUGGUUUACCAUCAUCUGCAGAGUGAGCUUCAUGGACGUGCAGGUGCAGUUUCUGCCGGUGUGGCUCACCCUGGACUAUGUGUCGGACGCUGUCAACCUGGUGGACAUGGUGUUCCUGAGCAGGACAGGCUUCAUGGAGUGCGGGCUGCUGGUGACGGACGUGGACCGCAUGCGCCAGCACUACGUCCGCUCGUCACGCUUCCGCCUCGACGCGCUGGCGCUCAUCCCCACCGACCUCCUGUACGCGUACACGGGCGUGCACUACCCCGUGGUGCGUCUCAACCGCCUGCUGCGCUUCCCUCGCAUCUUCGACUGCUUUGAUCAGGUGGAGACACACACCAACUACCCCAAGACAUUCCGCAUCAUCAAGCUGGUGGUGUACAUCUACCUGAUGGUGCACUGGAACGCCUGCUUCUACUACCUGCUGUCCGCCUACAUCGGCUUUGGGCAGGACGGCUGGGUGUACCCGGCCCAUGAGACGCCGGGCUUCGGCGGCACAGGCCGCCAGUACAUGUUCUGCAUCUACUUCUCCACGCUGAUCCUGCUCACCAUCGGCAACAUCCCCAAGGCGGAGCGCGAGGCCGAGUUCCUCUUCGUGGUCGUCGACUUCCUCAUCACCAUCUUCGUGUUCGCCACCAUCCUGGGCAACGUGGCGAGCAUCUGCGCCAGCGUAAACGAGGCCGGCGACAAGUUCCUGGCCGAGUUCAACGAGGUCAAGGACUUUGUGCGCUUUCGUGCCAUCGGGAAGGACAUGGACCGCAAGGUGGUGGAGUGGUACGAAUAUCUGCAUCUCAGUAACAAGUCGUUGGGCGAGGAGGACGUCCUCAGGGAACUGCCCGUGACGCUGCGCGCCGCCAUCGCCAUCAACGUGCACAUGCAGACGCUGCAGAAGGUGGAGAUCUUCAAGAACUGCGAACUGGGCCUGCUGGAGGAGCUCGUGCUGAAGCUACGACCCAAGCUGUACAGCCCCGGCGACUACGUUUGCCGCAAGGGCGACAUCGGCCGGGAGAUGUACUUCAUUAAGGAGGGCAAGCUGGCGGUGGUGGCCGACGACGGAGUGACGCAGUAUGCCGUGCUGGGGGACGGCAGCUACUUCGGGGAGAUCAGCAUCCUCAAGAUACCCGGCAGCAAGGCCGGGAACCGGCGCACGGCCAACAUCCGCAGCAUCGGCUACUCGGACCUCUUCCGCCUGUCCAAGGAGGACCUGCAGGAGGUGCUGCGAGAGUUCCCGGCGGCGGGCAACAUGCUGGAGGAGAAGGGGAAGCAGAUCCUGGCCAAGAUGGGCCUCCUGGACACCGAGAUGGAGGGAGCACGCGCCGAGCCACAACAGCUGGAGCGCACGGUGGAGACGCUGGACGGGGCGGUGCGUGCCCUGCAGACUAAGGUUGCGCGCCUGCUGGCCGAGCACAAGUCCGGCGACAAGAAGAUACGCACGCGUCUACGCCGCCUGGAGCGCGUGUUCACCACAGCAGCAGCAGCCGGUGAUGACCACAACGAUGCGGAGGCCACGGGGAGCGGCGACGCGUGAAGUCCAACCUCAUCUCUCUCUCUCUUGUCGUCGUUGUCGUCACCGUCUCUAAGCCACGGCCUGCGUUACCACCUUCUUGGGCGGCCUUCCGCACCCAGCCCGUGUCAGGGGUCCCAGUGGCAGAAGGGCAUCCGUGGGGGCCACGCCUGGCCGGUGGUCCAGAGCCUCGCCGCAGAGAUUCUCUCCCCCCCCCGCCCUCAUUUAGCCCCGUGGUUCUUGUUGACCUGCGGUUCAUCACGCAACCCCUGGGGGUGCGAGAGGUCCUUUGCAUGGGUGCGAGACAUGGCCAGGUUUUUGUAAGAAAGUAAAUAAUCGAAAACACAAAUUAAGCAUGGGCACAUAAUUACAACAACUUUCAUUAGACCUCCUUUGCCAGUACCAAAAUAUAAUAUGGUUAAUGCACACAUGAUUCCUUGUAAAAAGGUUUCAGUUUUGUUGCCCGAAAAAAGGGGAAAAACCCCUACUAUUACAACUACUUUGUGUCAACAAACCCUCCGUGUUGAUUAAGAUUCUACAUUUCUUUAGGAAUGAGAACCAAAGCGGGUGCAGGCUGCAGUAGAGGUGAGGAGCCGCUGGUCUAGAGGACUCAUCUCCACACGAUGAGCUGCUUUGCAGAGCUAUCAUUUGUGGCCAUGUCGCUUCUGAAAAAUAAUCUCAUGGGUCAGUAGAAUUUACCUGUUCAAAUAUCAAUGAAUGAUGUCGUUGUAUUUGUAUAUAUUUUAAUUUGUUUACCUUUCCUACACUUUGCACUCCUAUAAUGUUUUCGUAAUGUUUGUUGUAACGUUCCGACCCUGUGCCCCUCCUGGACAUCUGUGAAAAGAGCUUGAUAGCUCAUCGGAUUCCUCCUGCAGGACAAAUAAAUAUGCUGAGUCUGAAACGCCGCUGAAAUUCGUGCACCGAAUGAGUUUUACGUAACGGGGCGUUGCAGAGAGAAGAGAGGCAGACGACGCGAUUGGUGUCGCUUUCUCAUCGCGUCGCUCUCGUGGAUCUCGUCGCGCGAGAGACGAAUCGUCGACAGGCGACUCGUGAAGCUACAAACAGUCUGCAGGUGGCGCUUCACCACCACCACACACUCGGAGCUCUGUUCACAUCGCCGCAACCACCACCGCGACUCUGGUGAAGCAGGAAUCGGCUUUACCUUUUAAAGCACCAGAGGUGGGAGGCGUCCGGCCCGCGAAAUCAUUUGGUGUGGCCCUGCCAAGGCAACCGCAGGCGGGACUCGAAAUUCAAUCAAUCUCGGAGCAAACCUGGACAAGCAGCUGCGAGUAGCAACUUUAAAGCGACAAUGGAGGAGGAGGCCAGUUAAACACCACGUAGAAGGCAUUCGCCACCAAUAUUAUCCUUGAUAAAGGGUUUUUUUGGGUUUUAUCUCAUAAAUAUAAAUGUGUCGUUAACCCACCACCACCCGACGCAGCCAAUCA